AUGCUCAGCUCGUGGAAUGAUAGCGUGGGGUUGUGCCAGUGGCGUGGUAUCACGUGCGGUCGCAGGCACCAAAGGGUCACGGCACUGGACUUACACUCACAGAAACUCUCUGGGUCGAUCUCUCCUCAUAUUGGGAACCUCAGCUUCUUGAGAGAAUUGUGGCUUGGAAACAACAACUUCGAUCAUGAAAUCCCUCCGCAAAUCAACCGGUUGCACCACCUACGAAUCUUAUGGCUAAAGGACAAUUCAUUGGUCGGUGAGAUUCCUGAAAACAUAUCAGCUUGCUCUGACCUUGUCAGCCUCGUUCUUGGCUACAACCAACUAACCGGCAAAAUUCCUGCACAAGUCGGUUCAUUAUUGAAUCUACGAAGAUUUUCUUUGUCUAUAAAUAAUCUUACUGGGAGUGUGCCUUCUUCCAUUGGGAACUUGUCUUCACUAGAGUUGCUUGCUCUUGCACGAAAUAACUUGGAUGGGAGCAUUCCUCCAGUCCUAGGCCACCUGCUGAAAUUGCGAAAAUUUUCUGUGGGAGAAAACAAACUGUCCGAUCGAAUUCCAACUGGACUUCUCAAUCUCUCUUCUUUAACUAUCUUCGAUGUAGGAACCAACCAAAUUCGAGGGAGUCUUCCUGCAGACAUAGGCUUUACUCUUCCAAAUCUUCAGUUUUUUAGCAUUGCCGGGAACCUAUUUGAGGGACAGGUUCCUCCUUCAAUAUCAAAUUGCACUAAGCUAGAGGCACUUCAACUUUCAACGAACAAGCUUUCAGGUAAAAUGCCUUCUUUGGAAAAUCUGCACGAGCUUCAACUGUUCACCAAUUUUGAAAAUCAGCUCGGGUAUGGAAAGCCCCAAGACCUAAAUUUCCUUUGCUCUCUGACAAACGCCACGAAGUUAGAGGAAUUGCUUAUUUCUUUCAACUAUUUCGGUGGAGAGCUGCCUAAAUGCAUAUGUAACUUAUCCAUCACCCUCACAAUAUUUAGUACCACGGAGAAUCUAGUAUUUGGAGAAAUUCCCAGACAAAUUGAAAAUCUUGUGAACCUCGAAGUACCGAGUAUUGGGAGAAACGAGUUUUCUGGUGUUGUUCCCUCAAAUUUGGGGAACCUACGAAAUUUGACAGUUCUGCAGUUAAAUGACAACCACCUGGGAGGAACACUUCCACCUUCUCUAGGAGAUCUAACAAAGUUGAAUGAACUAUCUUUGGCCGGGAACAACUUUCAAGAUCAAAUCCCUUCAGAAUUGUCCAACCGCCAAUUUUUGAACCUUCUCAAUCUUUCUAGUAAUAAUCUCGGUGGUACCAUACCCCCAAAUAUUAUGGGUAUUUCAUCACCGGCCAUCCUUUUGGACUUGUCUCGUAACCGCCUUACUGGAGUUCUACCCAUGGAAGUAGGCAACUUGAGAUUUUUGACCACAUUGGACAUCUCUGAAAAUAUUUUAGGGGGUGAAAUUCCAAAUAGUUUAGGUGAUUGUGUCGCAUUGCUAUCAUUGAGGAUUGGGGGAAAUUCCUUCCACGGGUCCAUUCCUCAAUCGAUGAGGGCGUUAAGAGGCAUUGAAGAACUAGAUCUUUCACACAACAAUUUUUCUGGGGAGAUUCCACAGUUCUUGGAGGCAUUUCAUUCUUUGAAGGUGCUGAAUUUGUCUUACAAUAAUUUUGAAGGCACGCUGCCACGUGGAGGAGUCUUUGACAAUGCUACCGGUGUUUCAAUUAUUGGAAAUGCUAAGCUUUGUGGUGGAUUGCCCAAAUUUCAGCUUCCUAAAUGCGUCUCUAGUAGCUCCAAGAGUCGAGAAGUCCAUGUAUUGAAAUUGUCUGCUGUUGUUAUUUGUGGCCUUCUCGGAAGUGCUCUAGUUCUUGCUAUUCUAUAUCUCUGUUGGGGGAAGAGGCGAGUACAAGAACCAGUUUCAAGUUCUGUUGCUGUUUUAUGUUCGAACGUAUCUUAUGGAGCACUCCUAAAAGCAACCGAUGGUUUUUCUUCAACCAAUCUAGUCGGUGUUGGAAGCUUUGGUUCUGUUUACAAGGGGGUACUUGAGGACAGUGGGACUACCGUUGCGGUGAAGGUGCUUCAUUUAGUGGGCCGCGGUGCUCUGAAGAGCUUCAUAGUUGAGUGUGAGGUACUAAAGAACAUCGGACACCGAAAUCUUUUGAAGAUACCGACAGUUUGCUCGGGUAUUGAUUAUCAAGGAAAUGAUUUUAAGGCCAUAGUAUAUGACUUCAUGGACAACGGAAGCCUGGAACAGUGGUUACACCAAAAAGCAACGCCCUCUCUUGGAAACGAGCCUCCGAAAAAAGUGAAUUUCAUUCGGAGGAUAAAUAUUGCUAUUGAUGUUGCUUCUGCACUUGAUUAUCUUCAUAACCAGUGCCACAUUCCCAUCAUUCAUUGUGAUUUAAAGCCAAGCAAUGUCCUCUUGAAUGCUCAGAUGGUUGCCCAUGUUGGUGACUUUGGAUUGGCAAAGUUUAUCCUUGGAUGGUCCCUUGAUACCGUAGCUAAUCAAAUGAGCUCUGUGGGUCUAAGAGGGACAAUUGGUUACGCGCCACCAGAAUAUGCAAUGGGAUGCGAGGUCUCGAGAGAAGGUGACGUCUACGAUUACGGCAUCCUCUUACUAGAGAUGUUCACCGGAUUGAGUCCCACCGAAGACAAAUUCAGAGACAAUUUCACUCUGCAUAGUUUUGUCGCGGCAGCUUUGCCUGGACAAGCAUUGGAAAUUACGGAUCACAUCCUGCUUCUAGAAAGGGAGAGUCGUUUCAACCCCAACAAUCGUCAUCAUUGGCUUUCCGAAAGCGAUACCAUAUUUCAAGAGUGUUUGGUUAUGGUAUAUGACAUUGGAGUAACUUGUUCCAAUGAAGUGCCUGGAAGACGGAUGAGCAUCAAUGGUGUUGCAACUCAGCUGCAAAAGAUUAGACAAAAACUCCAGGACAAUGUCAAUGUGACUCUCAGUGGAGCUCCAUGUGAUAUACCAAGAGAACUUAGUGAAGAACAAAGGAAGGAGUUAGCACCGGAUGUGGGUGCGGUGGCCACCAUGAAAAGUGUGUUCGAGGAAAAUCAAAAUAAGUUUGUCGAUCACGUGAUGAACCAUCUUACUUAUGUCCUUAAGCCUCUGAUUACCGACAUGGUAACGAAAUUUGUGUAUAAACCUAGUUCGUCCAAUCAAUCACCAUUUAGCCAAGGAGCAAGCUUGCUCACGGAUGGAGUGCCGAUAAAUCCUAUGGUCCCAAGCGGGGGUCGAGGAUCUACACAGGCAGUUCCUCCUACGGAUGUGAGAAUACUUCAAAGGGAUGAUACCACUAACUGCCAGAACCAGAAUGGAAUUGAAGUUGGUAGUUUUAAUAACCCGAUUAAUGUAAGCGGAUUUCCACAAGUUGUGGAUGGGAUCGCUAUGGGGUUAAAUCGGAUACCAAACACAGUUGAAAAUCCUAGAAUUAAUGUGUUACCGAAUACGGGUGACAACGUUAGACCAGUUGGUAAUGCUAGAUAUCCACUGUUAGGAGUGGUCAACCCCCUAAACCCGAUGAACGUCGAUUUUGGUCUGUCUCGCAACUCUGGUCAGUUUGUUCCGCGUCCGUUGUUCCCGGUGGAUAACCUGGUGUGA